GAGAACAUCACUUUUGCAGAAGGACACCCCGGAAGAAGGAUCAGAAAGAGGGACACAGGAAGGAGUGGAGCAAGAGGAGAAGACCGUGGAAAAGAAAGGAAAGGAAAAGAAAAAGGAACACCCAACAUCUCCCAAGCAAGCGAGCAAGCGAGCAAACUUUUUCCAGAGAGGUGCAGCAGCUGGAGUGAAACGUCUGCCUUCCUCUCCCCUUCCGUCCCAAGUAUCUCAACUCAUGGCUUUAUAAAGAGGGUCACUCCUUUAGGGGAGGGUGGGAAAGGGAGCCUUAAUAUUUAAUAUUUUAUAUGUAGAGAUAGAUAUAAUAUAAAGAGAGAGAGAGAGAGAGGAAGAAAAAGUCAUCCACCAGCCUUGAGGUUGCGUGUUUUGCACAACUCCUUCACCCCGCUCCAAAAUCCUUAUUUUCCCUUGGUGGACCAUGGAUACUCACACAAGAUGGAAAAAGUGGACUUGGGUGCUGAAUUCCAGCUGCCCUUGGAGUGUAGCACUGUUUCUACUCUAUGCAAUUUCCCAGAGCCAUGCAGCUGACCCUGCGGAUCUUUUGAAGGUAUUAGAUUUUCACAAUUUACCCGACGGUAUCACAAAAACGACAGGUUUUUGCACAAGCAGAAGAUCUUCCAAAGAAGCAGACGUGGCGUACCGAGUAACAAAACAUGCACAACUGAGCGCCCCAACGAAGCAGCUCUACCCUGCAUCUCCGUUUCCUGAAGACUUUUCCAUCCUGACCACUGUAAGACCCAAGAAAGGGAGCCAGGCCUUCUUGAUCUCCAUUUACAAUGAGCAAGGCAUCCAGCAGAUUGGCGUGGAGAUGGGGCGAACUCCUGUGUUCAUCUACGAGGACCAGACCGGGAAGCCGGGCCCCGAGGACUACCCGCUCUUCCGGGGCAUCAACCUAUCGGAUGGCAAGUGGCAUCGGAUAGCCAUCAGCGUGCACAAGAAGAAUGCCACCUUGUUUUUGGAUUGUAAAAAGAAGGCCACAAAGCUAUUGGACCGGAGCGAUCAUCCCAUCAUUGAUGUCAACGGCAUCAUUGUGUUCGGAACCAGGAUUUUGGAUGAAGAGGUCUUUGAGGGCGACAUCCAGCAGCUCCUCAUAGCAGACGACCACCGAGCGGCCUACGAUUAUUGCGAGCACUACAGCCCGGAUUGUGACACGGCCAUCCCAGAUGCGCCGCAAUCCCAGGAUCCCAACCCGGAUGAAUAUUACACUGAUGGGGACGGGAACCUGGAAGUUGAAGGAGAGACAUACUAUUACGAAUACCCCUACUAUGAGGACCCUGAUGAUACCGGGAAAGUGGUACCAACUACUGCCCAACCUGUGGAUAAUGAAGAAGCAGCCAGGGAAAUAACAGAGACCACUGAGAGUCUCGCCCCUCCAUCCACACCACCCCCACCAGUCCUGGAGAGCGCUCAAGAGGAGAUCACGGAAGAAGAAAAGUUGGAUGACUAUAACUACGGAACCCUACCUGAUGAAUACUACACUCCCCUCCCCUAUGAUGAUCUCUUCGAGGAUAUUGAUGGUUUGGACAAGCUUCCGGAAGGUGGCGUGGAGGCAGAGGUUCCCACCAGCACCGUUAUCACCUACAACGAAACGGAUGGUGCAGGACGAGUGAGCGAAGGUGGAGAAGACCAAGACAAGGACUUCACUGUCACAGAUUAUGGAGAUACCUACUAUGACGGAGGCUACUACGACAGAACGGACUCUCCGGAUAUUGGGCCUGGGAUGCCUGCUAACCAGGACACAAUUUACGAAGGGAUUGGAGGGCCACGAGGUGAGAAGGGCCAAAAAGGCGAGCCAGCCAUCAUUGAACCGGGCAUGCUUGUUGAAGGUCCAUCCGGCCCAGAAGGCCCGGCGGGUCUCCCCGGGCCUCCAGGAACAACUGGGCCCGUCGGUCAAAUCGGCGAUCCUGGAGAAAGGGGCCCUCCUGGGCGACCGGGCCUCCCGGGAGCAGAUGGGUUGCCAGGCCCUCCUGGGACGAUGCUCAUGCUGCCGUUCCGAUUCAGCGGUGGAGGAGACGGCGGCUCUAAGGGCCCCAUGGUGUCGGCACAGGAGUCCCAGGCCCAAGCCAUCCUUCAGCAAGCCAGGCUAGCCCUGAGAGGACCAUCUGGCCCAAUGGGUUUAACUGGAAGACCAGGCCCCCUGGGACCCCCAGGUAGUGGCGGCAUCAAGGGUGAAGCAGGAGACAUGGGGCCUCAGGGCCCUCGAGGUGUGCAAGGCCCUCCCGGCCCAUCGGGGAAACCAGGACGCCGGGGACGUGCUGGCAGCGAUGGUGCCAGAGGGAUGCCAGGCCAGACUGGACCAAAGGGUGACCGAGGUUUUGAUGGUCUGGCUGGAUUGCCGGGAGAGAAAGGGCACAGGGGUGAUCCAGGCCCAUCAGGUCCUCCAGGGACUCCAGGCGACGAUGGGGAGAGGGGUGAUGACGGAGAAGUUGGACCUAGAGGUCUCCCUGGUGAACCUGGACCCCGUGGUUUGCUGGGACCCAAGGGCCCCCCAGGGCCGCCAGGACCACCGGGCAUCGGUGGUAUGGACGGACAAACAGGCCCCAAAGGGAACGUGGGUCCUCAAGGUGAGCCCGGACCACCAGGUCAACAAGGAAAUCCAGGCGCUCAGGGUCUUGCGGGUCCUCAAGGUGCAAUCGGCCCACCAGGAGACAAAGGUCCAUUGGGAAAACCUGGCCUUCCUGGUAUGCCUGGUGCAGAUGGUCCUCCGGGUCACCCAGGCAAAGAAGGUCCUCCUGGCGAGAAAGGAAGUCAGGGCCCAGGAGGUCCUCAGGGCCCAAUUGGAUAUCCUGGCCCACGCGGUGUAAAGGGAGCUGAUGGUGUCCGUGGCCUGAAAGGAACAAAGGGUGAGAAGGGUGAAGAUGGCUUCCCGGGAUUCAAAGGUGACAUGGGCAUUAAAGGAGACAGGGGUGAAAUCGGCCCUCCUGGUCCACGCGGCGAGGAUGGGCCAGAAGGUCCGAAAGGCCGGGGAGGACCCAACGGAGAUCCUGGCCCAUUAGGUCCAGCAGGAGAAAAGGGAAAGCUUGGAGUUCCUGGGUUGCCAGGCUACCCUGGAAGACUGGGCCCCAAGGGGUCAAUCGGAUUCCCAGGGUUUCCUGGAGCCAACGGAGAGAAAGGAGGACGGGGCACCUCUGGUAAGCCUGGACCCAGGGGUCAGCGUGGCCCGACGGGUCCCAGAGGAGAACGUGGUCAACGAGGCAUCACUGGCAAACCUGGGCCGAAGGGCAACUCUGGAGGUGAUGGCCCCCCAGGACCUCCAGGAGAAAGGGGUCCUCCAGGCCCUCAAGGACCUACUGGAUUUCCCGGACCAAAAGGCCCUCCAGGUCCACCAGGAAAAGAUGGAUUGCCAGGCCACCCUGGGCAAAGAGGAGAAACUGGCUUCCAGGGCAAGACGGGCCCCCCUGGGCCUCCAGGCGUGGUUGGGCCUCAGGGUCCUACUGGAGAAACUGGGCCGAUGGGCGAGCGUGGCCAUCCUGGGCCACCUGGGCCUCCAGGUGAACAGGGGCUUCCUGGGCUAGCUGGAAAGGAAGGAACAAAGGGUGACCCAGGACCUGCCGGGCUUCCUGGGAAAGACGGCCCAGCUGGUUUGAGAGGUUUUCCCGGUGACCGAGGUCUUCCAGGCCCAAUUGGACCUGUGGGACUGAAGGGUAACGAAGGGCCACCAGGACCCCCUGGACCAGCAGGUUCUCCCGGUGAGCGAGGUCCUGCCGGAGCAGCUGGCCCGAUCGGUCUCCCAGGGAGACCUGGCCCCCAGGGACCGCCAGGCCCUGCCGGUGAGAAAGGAGCCCCGGGUGAGAAAGGCCCCCAGGGUCCAGCGGGCCGUGAUGGUAUCCAAGGACCAGUUGGACUUCCAGGUCCAGCUGGUCCUGUUGGCCCACCAGGGGAAGAUGGAGACAAGGGUGAAAUAGGUGAAUCAGGACAGAAGGGAAGCAAAGGGGACAAAGGAGAACAGGGUCCACCAGGUCCUACUGGUCCCCAGGGUCCGAUUGGCCAACCAGGUCCAGCUGGAGCUGACGGUGAACCUGGACCCCGAGGUCAACAAGGUCUCUUUGGUCAGAAAGGUGAUGAAGGCCCAAGGGGUUUCCCUGGCCCUCCAGGCCCAGUUGGGUUGCAGGGUUUGCCUGGACCUCCUGGUGAGAAAGGAGAAACCGGAGAUGUUGGCCAAAUGGGACCCCCAGGUCCUCCAGGGCCAAGGGGUCCAUCCGGGCCCCCUGGAGCUGAUGGGUCACAAGGUCCACCUGGUGGGAUUGGAAAUCCUGGAUCUGUUGGCGAGAAGGGUGAACCUGGUGAAUCGGGAGAACCUGGCUUGCCUGGGGACUCUGGGCCCCUAGGUCCGAAAGGAGAGAGAGGGGAAAAGGGCGAAGCUGGUCCCUCGGGGGCUGCUGGUCCACCAGGCCCCAAAGGCCCUCCCGGUGAUGAUGGCCCCAAAGGUAGCCCCGGUCCAGUUGGUUUUCCCGGCGAUCCAGGUCCUCCAGGUGAAACUGGCCCAGCCGGCCAGGAUGGUCCAACGGGUGAUAAAGGCGAUGAUGGUGAACCGGGCCAGACGGGCUCCCCUGGUCCAACUGGAGAGCCGGGCCCUUCAGGUCCACCAGGGAAGAGAGGCCCACCUGGUCCAGCAGGCCCUGAAGGCCGGCAAGGAGAGAAAGGUGCCAAGGGCGAGUCAGGGCUGGAAGGUCCUCCAGGGAAAACGGGCCCUGUUGGCCCCCAGGGACCACCAGGAAAGCCUGGCCCAGAUGGACUCCGAGGAAUUCCAGGCCCCGUGGGUGAGCAAGGACUUCCGGGUUCCCCGGGGCCAGACGGACCUCCCGGCCCAAUGGGCCCACCUGGCUUACCUGGACUGAAAGGAGAUUCAGGUCCAAAGGGAGAAAAGGGUCAUCCAGGUUUGAUAGGUCUGAUUGGGCCCCCCGGUGAGCAAGGAGAGAAGGGAGACCGCGGCCUGCCCGGACCUCAAGGAGGAUCAGGACCUAAAGGAGAGCAGGGUAUUACAGGCCCCUCUGGUCCACUUGGCCCACCUGGCCCUCCAGGGCUACCGGGCCCCCCUGGACCAAAAGGUGCUAAAGGAUCUUCGGGUCCAACAGGUCCGAAGGGUGAAACAGGUCACCCUGGUCCACCAGGACCUCCCGGUCCUCCAGGGGAAGUGAUCCAACCACUUCCCAUCCAGGCCUCCAAGAGGACAAGGAGGAACAUAGACGCGAGCCAAUUGGUUGAUGAAGGCAACGCCGACAACUACAUGGAUUAUGCCGAUGGGAUGGAGGAGAUCUUUGGGUCCUUAAACUCGCUGAAACUGGAAAUUGAGCAGAUGAAACAUCCCCUGGGCACCCAGCACAACCCAGCUCGUACCUGCAAGGAUCUACAACUUUGCCAUCCUGAUUUCCCUGACGGUGAAUACUGGGUAGAUCCCAACCAAGGUUGUUCUAGGGAUUCCUUCAAAGUUUACUGUAACUUCACAGCUGGUGGUGAAACCUGCAUCUUCCCAGAUAAGAAGUCCGAGGGAAGUAAAAUGGCCCGUUGGCCCAAAGAGCAACCCGCCACGUGGUAUAGUCAUUUCAAACGGGGGUCUCUGCUUUCCUACGUUGACUCUGAGGGCAACCCCAUUGGAGUGGUGCAGAUGACCUUCCUGAGGCUCCUGAGCGCUUCUGCCCACCAGAACGUCACCUACAACUGCUACCAAUCUGUGGCGUGGCAUGACGCCACCACGGGCAACUAUGACAAGGCCAUCCGCUUCCUGGGCUCCAAUGACGAAGAGAUGUCCUACGACAAUAACCCGUUCAUCGCGGCUCUCCUGGACGGCUGUGCAGCAAAGAAAGGGUAUCAAAAGACGGUCUUAGAAAUCAACACGCCUAGAGUGGAACAAGUCCCCAUCGUCGACAUCAUGUUUAAUGACUUUGGAGAAGCAUCGCAGAAGUUUGGAUUCGAGGUGGGACCAGCUUGCUACAUGGGCUAAAAUGCCACUCGGAAAACUAGUCUCCAAAAGAGCAACCUCGUAACCUCAUUGCGCCUCCUAUUUUUUUGGCUACCGUUUUUGGUUUUUUUUGGUCAUCGUCACGUGCACGUUCUGAAACUGGACAGUCCGAUGGGUUUGUUGUUGAUUUGUUUUACUGUUUCGCCUUAUUCUUGACUCUGACACCAGAACCCAAAACAUAUUGAAGCCCCAGUCCAAGACGGGACCAUUCCCACCUCAGAACCCCCCAGAAUCACAUGACCUAAAAGCAUCGUCACCUGUUGGCCAAAGCAACCUCUUCUGACAGGCUUUCCUAGCUGUGUUUCUCCUCCUCUGGGACCCACAAAGGGCCCUGCUCCGCUUUCUCUCCUCGAAUGAGUAUGUCUGCUCCUUGAAUCAGAAGCAAUCUUGCCGUGAAACAUUACCAGUGCUUGUCCAUUUUUAUUUUCUACAGCCUCAUUGAAGUUGGUGGGAGAAUUUUCACUGAUUAAUAGUGUUCCCCAUCACUGCAAGGUUCUGCGGGGGGGGGGGGAACCCAUGGAAAACCAUCAACAAGUGGCAACUCUCUUGUCUCUGUACAGGAACAAGGACUAAGGACACUUUCAGGACCUUUCCAGUUAGGAUUUGAUAUCUCCAUUGGGGUUUCUGUCAGAUAUGGAAUACCCUUCCUUUCCCAAAUAAUUACCUGUUGCUAUUUUGGGGGUAAGAUCCUAAAAGUAACAACUGAAACCAACUACAUUUCUUUCUUUUUUUUAAAAAAAAAAAAAGCCAGGUUCUGACUGUAUACCCCUAAAAGGUAUAAAGGUGCUUCUAUUUUUGUAUUUGUAAGUAAAUAUUUGUAUAUUAUUAUAUUAAAUAUAAAAAAAUGUUUCUGGGUUCAAAACAUGCAUGUGACUCACCCAUGAUCCCUAGUGUAAUUUAAUGGGCAACCUUUCUCACCAGUAGCCAACGCGGUGGCUCCUGCCACUAGCUGCCCAUCAGGCAAAUAUGCAGGCUUUUGCAAGCUGCUCUUAGACUUGUUUACUCAGAAGUAAGCCCUACUUGAGCUCCAUCAACCUUAUUCCCUAGGAUCACAACCUCACUUUUGAAUAUGCAAGACCUUUCUCUGGACCGCCAAAAGAUGCCUCCCAUGAUAAGAUAAAUAAACAAACAGGUGCCUAGGACGUGGUUAUCUUUUAGAUCAGGGCAAACACAGCACGUCUCCAAAGAAAAGAAAAAUGGAGGAAUGUCAGGGUAGUUUUAUAACACAACACGUUGGUGUUACUGGGAGGAAAACCAACACCUUUGCUGCAAAAUACACUAGCAAUUUAUUUUUUAUUUUUUUUAUUUUUUGAGGCCGGCCCCGCCAUUUUCUCCACCUUCACUUGAUUCAAUGUACAGGUUUGUUUUUUUAAAAAAUACCUUUUACAAAGAUGAAGAGCCCUCCAUAUCUUUUAUUUGUUUUUCCCCCCACAUUCCCAUUCCCAUUGGAGGAUUGCAUGGCAGGGAUACCCAAUAUUUUCCUCUUUGAAAAUAAUAAUAAUAAAAUAAUAAAAACACAGGUGCUUAUAUUUUUAUUAUUUACUUUUCUCUUUGUUGGUGCUAUCUGUUUGAGUGUCUUUAUGACAACACUGGUGGAUCUCUGCCAUUAACCUGCCUCCAUGGCUCUCUUCCUUGCAAUCCAGCUCAACACCUUCCCACACCU